UUGUAAAGAAUGAAAGGAAAGCCACAAGCGAGGAGCUAAAGAGGAGCGUCGGAUUAAGAUAUUUAGAAAGAAGAACCCUCAAGAUCCAACGGUUAGAAUCUCAGGGGCAUAACGAAGUCUCCUCAUCACUCUCCUUCCUUCUCCCAAAUUACACUGCGAAAGCUCUCAUCUUUCUUUUUGUCUCCUCGUCAAAGACCAACAUCACAGCUUUCUCUCUGCAGUUUAAAUCGUGUGAUUGUCUCUGCCAAAGCUUUUUCCAAUUCUGGUGGGUGGCCUCUUUAGCCUUUUUUUUUUUGUUCUUGGGUUGCUCUGCUACUGAGUUGAGCUGGAAUGUCAUCGCUACAAAAUGACAUGUCAACAACAACUGGGAACCUCUCUCUCUAGUAGUAGUAGUAGCUGACUUGUGCGGCUCUUUUCAGCUUUCUUUUGAUAUUUUUUAGAUGGACGUUGGUCGAAAUACAACCCAAACUGAUCAAGAUCCUUUGUUAAUGGAACACCACAUUACUCACGAGCACAUCGUUGACAUCACUACCAAUGACAAUGACGAUGACUCUUCUUCAUCUACUUCUUCUCUCGAUGACCUUACUCCACAUCAUCAUCAUCAGCUUCAAGUUCAACAGAGGAUAUCAUCAUCUAACGCUCCUCCUUCUCAUCAAAGAGCAGCAGAUGAUGGGAGGAAUGGUAGCCGCACUACUAGUACUAGUACUAGUAGUAGUAGAAGGAGUCCAUUGAAUUCUGGCCUUUGGAUUUCUGUUGAGUUAGUUGUCACCGUGGCUCAGAUCGUUGCUGCCAUUGUUGUUAUGGUUCUUGCUAAAGAUGAACACCCCGAAGCCCCAUUGUUUACAUGGGUUGUUGGUUAUACAUCCGGCUGUGUUGCCACUCUCCCUAUCCUCUAUUGGCGUUUCCGCACUUAUAACCGAGGUGGUACAGGUGGCCAAGAACGUGGUGGUGCUACUUCUUCUUCUACUCAAGGCAAUAAUAAUAACCCUUCAGAGUCCACACCAUAUACACCCGUCUCUGCGGAUCAACUCCCACCGGACGAAGAAACCACCACCACUAGGAACAAUCAAGUUGGGGAUAGCUUAAGAACAAGCAGAUUGAAUGGGCUAGUGGACCAUUUCAAGAUGGCCAUUGACUGUUUCUUUGCGGUGUGGUUUGUUGUGGGGAAUGUAUGGAUCUUUGGAGGUCACUCAUCUCCUUCUGAUUCUCCUAAACUCUACAGGUUAUGUAUAGCGUUCCUUACUUUCAGCUGCAUAGGAUACGCAAUGCCUUUCAUACUGUGCGCAACCAUCUGUUGUUGUCUGCCUUGCUUGAUCUCUGUUCUCGGUUUUCGGGAAAACUUCUCACAAACUAGAGGAGCCACUGCUGAGGCCAUCAACGCACUGCCUGUCUACAAGUUCAAAACUAAAAGCAGAAAUGAUUUGGAGUUUUCAGAGGAAGGUGAAGGUGGCUUUCUUCUGUUGGGGUCUGAGAAGAAACGUCUUAUAUCAGGGGAAGAUGCUAGCUGUUGCAUCUGCUUGGCCAGAUAUGGAGACGAUGAAGAAGUAAGAGAGCUGCCAUGCUUACAUGUCUUUCAUGUAGACUGUGUUGACAAAUGGCUUAAAAUCAAUGCCACUUGCCCUCUCUGUAAAAAUGAGGUCGGAGAAAGCAGCACUUCUUCCUCCUCGUAGACUAAAAAGCUGAGAGAGACCUCUCACUCAUCUAUUCCCACAUCGAGUUUGUCUUGUGUAUAAUAUAGUCUUUAAAGACUUGUAUAGUUGAGAUUUGAGAGAUUGCUUUAUUCAUUUUGUUUGUUCCAACAGAUGUAACUUUUCCACAUCAAUAAAUCUCCAAAAUAAUGGUGUUGUUGG